CAGUGCUGCCUCACCUUCCAGCUAACUACCGGUACCUUAACUACCUAACCUAGGUACAAUACCUAACGUUCCUAACCUAGCAGCUGCCUAGACACCUAACCUAGGUACCUACCUCUGCAGUAGCAACCCCCAAUUCUGCCUGGAAGCUGGAAGCUGGAAGGAAGUGAUGAAGGUGCAAACAACUUAAAAACAGAGCGGUUUCAUUUCUAAAUUCAUUCCCGUUCUUCCUGUCUUUCUCAAAUAUCAACUCGGGAAUGAAAUUCAAGCAAGUCAUCUCACAUACUUGUUUAGUUGCUCUACCCCUCUCGCCUGCCCAAUUACCACCAGUACCUAUCGACCAUUAAUUCAUCCCGCCCCCAAUCUCCUAAUCCCCCCCAAUCCGUCAACACUACGACAUCACCACCAUAGGUUUCAGACUAUGGAGGUUGACAAUAUGAGUCCCUUCUUAGAUAUUCCCCUUGAAGUGCUUCUCCAGAUAUCUUCCUACCUUACAACCUCAGAUUAUGGAAAUCUUCGCCAUGUCUGUCGGCGACUGGAGGUGUCUCUCCUCCAGUCAUUCACCCAUGAGUUCUUCACCAAGAGGCAGUUCAUGAUUAGCGAGUUCAGCCUUGGCGCCCUCGUAGACAUCUCUAAGUCUAGAUUCGCGCCUAGCCUGUCCCAUCUAAUCAUCAGCAUCGAGCGUCCGCCUAUACCGCCUAGUCUACCAGUUCAUAUGCAGGUCUUUUCCGAUCUUGAACAAGCACUGCGGUAUAAUAAGAUGCGUGAAGAACACAUGAGCCAUCAAGCCUUAAUCACCACAGGUCGAGACCUCCAACUUCUCACUGAAGCUCUUUGCAAUCUACCCAACCUCGAAACAAUCGGACUACGUGACUUCAACUCUUCUGGCCGAUAUCGCGAUGAAACAGACAAUACCUGGCACGCUUACGGGGCCCCAACAUUCUUCCGGGAGACAAACUUUCCUCUUGAUCAACCACGGUUCGGCGGCCGCCAUCUUGACUCUAGCUUGGUAGAAUCACGUAUACAAUACGUUUCCUACGUGUUCUUGAUGAUGCUCCGAGCCCUAGGCAAGGCUAAAGAGACACAUAGCCCUACUCAGCUAGAGGUAAUCCUUAGAAAUUGUCAUCUCCCGAGUCUGGCAUUCAACGUGCCUCGUUAUCUUGAAUCGACGAUUACGCCCUUCCUCAAAGACCUCCAGACGCUCUUCCUAGACCUGGGCCCUGCGUCAUUUUCUACCUUGGUUAUCAAUAACGGGGGAAACUAUCAGGGCUAUCUUGGCCUCACUCUAGUGACAUUCCUGUCCAAAACGACAUCUUUAAAACAUCUGAGAUUGAAUUUCCGGAGCUGCGCUAAAGAUGAAACCAGGGACCUUCUUCUGUGGUUGAUUCGUACGCCUGAGUCCUCGGGCGGCUCAAAACACCAAGGGGUUGAAGUCAAUAAGAUGCAAGAAAAACUACCACGGAUACCGCAGACCCCUGCAUUUCAGCAUCUGAAGGAGCUUGAAAUUGGAAUGAUAACUAUCGAGCCAUCACUCCUUCUCAACAUUUACAAGAGGUUUAAGCCAAGCCUACGCAUAAUCUCUCUGCACAAGGUCACCUUCUCUAUUGAAUCGCAGAAUCAGGUCGCGGACAGGGUCAACCUCUGGGCUUCAUUCUUCGGGCAGAUGGCGAAACUCAAAUUCAACCUCUCUGACAUACGACUCUCCUUCUUAAAACAGAUACAUUCCAUGCCCGGGUAUUCGAUAGAAUUCUUCUUAAAACAGAUACAUUCCAUGCCCGGGUAUUCGAUAGAAUUCAAAGAUAAGAACAAAAAUUCAAGUGCUCCAAACUACGGUACAACAUGGACAGGCAACGACUUCGAACGUUCUUCGGGAGAAUUGAUUGACUCGAUGUUUAUCAACUGGCCUCCUGACCAGGAUAUGCAAGAGGACAGCUAUACUUCACCAUCCGAAGAUGACGAUGAUAUUGAUGAUGAGUAGAGCUCUUUCGAUAGUAUCGACAAUUUCUAGAGGAGUCUGAGACAGUGGGGUAUCUAAUAUGGACUUUAAGAUAUUUUCUUUGCUCUAGUUUGCGAUGCCUUGUCUGUGCGUUUGGACUC